AUGGAUGUAAUAGAAGCAGGAGAUGUUGUGGAAAAACCAUCCCCGGAUGUAUUCCGGUCAAGCAGACAAUUUUUGGACUCCGAAGUAAAGUUAAUCGAACAGAUAAAACACAAUUUUUUGGACACAGUAGGUUGCAUGGAAUUCCGAAAGUUUAGCAGAAAACAUCAGGGGGUAUUUAGAGACGUAGCAAGGCUUUGGACUCUGGUUUUGUUGGUACUAUGUGGAUUUUUCUCAAAUCUACUAUUUUUUUCUUCAUGCCCAAAUUUAGGAUAUAUAGCAACACAUGGUUUAUUUUAUAAGGGUUAUAAUUUAAUAAUAUUGUGUGUUGAAGUUGGAAUGAUAGUAAUUACCUCAUUUUGGCUGUUAAUAACUCAGUUCCAGACAGGAGUGGUUUAUUCUUUUAGACUAAGCGUUUUAUAUACAGCCAUUACUUUUCUACUAUUUAUCUUGAGGACAACGGUUUCAGAUCCAGAAGGUUCAAUAUUUUUGCAAAAAUGUGAUCAUGUUUUGAGUAAUGGGGAGUUAGUAGUUUACAACGUAAUUCCAUUCGUAUAUAUUUCGUUGCAGUUUUGCAUUUCACUGGUAUCAUUUUUUUAUUCAAAGUUAAGACCACUAAUAGCUGUUUAUUAUUUUAAACAUCCCUGGUUUCUCAAGUCUUGGAAAUUUGUAAACAUUGAACCAGUAGAGUUAAAACUACUUUCUUUUGGGAAGAAAUUUGAUGGUAGCAAAAACAUGAGUCCCAAGGAUACGAGCUCUAAGUAUUGCGAAGGAAAUGAGUCUGAAGAGAAGUUGAAAUCUGAGAGUAUAAAUGAUUAUUCAAGCGAUACAAAGAUGUUUUGGAAGAGGGAUUCUGAUAACCAAAAUGUCAGGUUAGCUUCGGGUUACUUCAUUGAGAUAAAGAGGUUUAGUGUUAGAAAGCUUUUCAAAAAGUUAAAUCCAAUAAGGCUGGAUUUGCUUUUAACUUUUAGGACGAGAAAGGACAGAGCAAGGAGACCGAAUUCAUUAAAAAACCAGGGAUGUAGCAUAACUAGCUGGUACUUGGGAGAGAUUAAUGAAGACGGUAGGCCUCACGGUUUUGGAAGAUGGAGAGAGGAUGAUUAUUAUGGCGAAAUUUUGGUCGGGUUUUGGAAGAACGGACAUCCAAUUGGCCCAUUUAAGACAAGAGAGUGUAGAUCAGGUAGUGGUUUUAUCUGUUUGAAGUUGGGAUUUUGUCGAACAGAGGCAAAUUUAAAUUCUAAUUUAUAUGGAUACGCAGAUAUUGAGUGUAGUGUUUCUGGCCAGUUCUUUAGAGGAUUUCCCUUAUGCCAUAUUUAUCCAGCUCCAUCAUUAGGGAUUAAUAGGAGUGGGUCAAUAUUUGCAAGACUUGGAGCUAAGGGAAAAGCAGCAUUGGAUGAUACCACUCAAAAAGGUAAGAAAAUGGUUGGAGCAGUGUUUAAUAGUACCUGGAUUAAGGGAAUGAAGAAAAAAGACAAAGAAAAAGAAACAUCGCAAGAAGAGAAUAACUUAAAUUGUAAAAAUAUGGUUAAUUUGAAUGUGGCUAAUAUUGAAGAGAAUAGUGAAAAAAUUGAGUCAAAUGAUUUAAAUAGUUUAUCAAUUGAUAUUCCAUCAGGUAGUGAGCAGAAUAUCAAAGAAGAACAGACUAAAUUGUCUGGAAUGUUCAAGAGUGAGAUUAACUUAGGUUUUCAAAAAAGAGGAGUUCACAUGAUUCGUAAAGUUAGGCAAAAGAUGAGGAGAAAUCAAAGCAAACAAGAGAAAGAACGAGAUAUAUCUCUUCUUUGGGUUUUCCAAAAUUUGUCGCCUCAUAUUCCGAUGUUCACAAUUCAUCCUAAAAACGAAGUUACUAUUUUGGUUGAUGCAGAAAGAGGUUUGUAUAUAGCAGGAUACUUUCCAGUUUCAGAGGUAUUACGUUACACAAAACAAACUGGGGCAAGACUGGCUUUGAGUGACGAGUAUCAAGACAAUUUUUUAGAAAACAGUUUAAAAAGUACAAUAUUGAGCCCCAAUGGUGCUGUUAGUGGGUUGAUUCCAUUUUCAAGUUCAUUCUCAAGUUCCUCAAUUGUUAGGGCUUCUCAGUAUCCUUUAAAUAGGUCUCAGGACAAUAGGUAUUUGGAAUCGGUAGAAGUUAGAGUAGUAGAUAGAUAUCGUCGUGAUUCUAUUUAUUCAAAGGAGGAAUUAGAUGAAGAAAUCCGAGACAAUACUGUAUACUAUCCCGAGCUAGAAGUGAAGAAUUGGAUACAUAGUGACGGUCUUCAUGCAGCUGAAGUACUCAUAUUUAUUCAUGGUUACAAUAACUCAAUAAUGGAUGCUUUGAGACAAGUUGGGCAGAUGAUUGCGUUUGGGAACUUUCCCUCCUAUAUCAAACCUAUGGUCUUUUCGUGGCCAUCAGGAAACUCUUUCUUGCAGUACUUUAAAGCAAGAAAGAACGCGGAAAGUCCUCACACUCAUGAUUCGUUAUACCAACUUAUUUUGGGGUUAAAAAACAGAGGGAUUAGACAUAUACACAUAAUGACCCAUUCAAUGGGGACCAGAUUAUUCAUCCAGUCAUUUCCCAAACUUUUAUUGGAGAAUUUGCUUGAAAGAUGUGAACAACACGAUCAUAAGUCAGGCAUUGAUCCAGGUAAUUAUUUGGGUAUCCGCCAUUCUGAGACUCAGUUUGUUGAUGGAAUCAAUCCAAUAAUUAACGAGAAAGUUCAAAUAGUUUCCAUGACAUUUUUAAAUCCUGAUUACUAUUUGGAUGACUUUAUUAAUAAGGCUUUUCCGAUGUUAAGACAAUACUGUAACUUGAUUACCAUGUAUGGAGACAGCCAAGAUGGGGCCCUUAAGUGGAGUGAAAUCAUACAGGGAAGAAAGGCUUUGGGUUGUAACGUUUUUGGGUUGCAUUACGGUUUGGCUGAGAGCUUUAGCAAGACCAUGAAAUCUCAAAUAAAUGAUUUAGACCAGUAUAGGGGGUCUGAUGUGGAGCUCACUAAUAAGCUCCAAAAGACGGUCUCUUCACCAAAAAUUGCUGCUUAUGGAGAUGGAAUAGACAUUUCCUCCAACCAAAAAGUGGGUGGAGUAGGAACAGAACCUGGAUUUGGGUCAAGUCAAGAUGAAGAAAACCGUCAACAAUCACAAAACACCUUAGAAAGGCCAAGAUCAAGAAAUGAAAAUGCAUUAUCUCUAAUUUACCCUUCGAAGGUGUUAAUUAACAGCUUUAACGCAUCUCAUAGUCCUAAGCAAUGUUCUCCCAGAGCCAGUAGUUCUGGAAUUCUUGACACAUCCAGUUUAUAUGCAAAUAGGCAUACUCCUGAACAAAGAUUAAAUUAUUUGGAUAUGGAUGUAAUUGACCAGAGUUUUAUUGAACAGAACGUCGGAACCAUGCGUCAUAACAACUGGAAUUUAAACAGAGAAGUUAUCGAGGAUUUGAGAGAGCUAGUGGUGAGUAGGAAGAGGGCCUAUCAGAGGUCUACCAGGUUGGAUAAACGAGAAGGCAAUGUCUGGGUUUACAGAAUUGCCCCUUCUUGUGUAACCUCCAUUUUCGAUUAG